AGAAUUUAUAAAAAUAAAAUAUGGCAGAAAACAAAAAAAUUCAAGAUAUUUUUGAGUCUUGCAAUAUACAAGAUGAGGCUGACUCCCCUAGAUCGGUUAAUUUUGUGAAAGUCAGCGAGCAUAACUCUAACCCUUUCUUGAUGUAUAAAGGAAGCCUAAAGUUAAAAAAUCCAUUCCAACAUACUAAGUUCUACCAGGAAGAUGAACUUUUUAAACCCUCUCUAAUGCAUAAAGAAGAAAUGUUUGAUGAACUUGAACAGUGAGGGAAGCCACGCUUUAGUACACAAGCCUGACCGAUGGAUAUCGGCUUAUCAAAUUUUCAGAAUCUUUCUACAAAGGAUAAGAUAAGGAAGAGUGUCCAUAAGAGGAGAAUGCCAUCUACGUUGAUCCUUAAGCAACUACAAGUCAGGAAAUCCUUACAAUAG